UGGAGGUACAAGGUAGACUGGGGGAUUUAACUUAAAUCCUGAAGCUAGUUAUUUCUACUGAUAUUUCAGUUAUAAAGAAAGAUGUCUCAGUGGUACCAGCUUCAGCAGCUGGACUCCAAGUACCUGGAACAGGUGGGCCAGCUGUAUGAUGACACCUUUCCAAUGGAGAUCCGUCAGUACCUGAGCCAGUGGAUUGAGAGCCAUGACUGGGAACUCGCAGCCACCAAUGAUUCCCUGGCAACCCUGCGCUUCCACGACCUCCUUGCCCAGCUGGACGAUCAGUACAGCCGUUUUGCCCUGGAGAACAAUUUCCUGAUGCAGCACAACAUCCGCAAGAUUAAACGGAACCUACAGGAUAACUUUCAAGAGGAUCCAGUGCACAUGGCGAUGAUCAUCUGCAGCUAUCUGAAGGAGGAGCAGAAGAUUCUGGCCUCUGCCCAAAAAACAGAGGACAAGGUGGGCAGUGCACAGACCAACAUGGUUGUGGAGAAACAGAAGGAGCUGGACAACAAAGUCAAAGAAAUUAAAAACAGAGUGCAGGAGAUCGAACAGAAGAUUAAGUCACUCGAAGACCUGCAGGAUGAGCACGACUUCAAGUACAAAACCUUGCAAAGCCGCGAACAUGAGGCAAACGGAACUACUCAGAGGGAGAUCAAACACGAGGAAAUGCUCAUUCGGGAGAUGUUCCUCAAACUGAAUAUGAAGAGAGAGGAUGUGGUGAAGCAGAUGGCGGACGUGCUGAACAUGGCAGAGCUGGUCCAGUUUGCACUGAUCAUGGAGGAGCUGCCUGAGUGGAAACGCCGGCACCAGAUCGCCUGCAUCGGCGGGCCGCCCAAUGCCUGCCUGGACCAACUGCAGACCUGGUUCACAGCGGUGGCGGAGAGCCUGCAGCAGGUGCGGCAGCAGCUGAAGAAGCUACAGGAGCUGGAGCAGAAGUACACCUACGAGAACGACCCCAUCACGCAGAAGAAGAACUUCUUGGAGGAGCGCGCACUCUUGCUCUUCCGAAACCUCAUCGUCAGCUCCUUUGUGGUGGAGAGGCAACCCUGCAUGCCAACACACCCACAGAGACCACUAGUUCUGAAGACCGGGGUUCAAUUCACAGUCAAACUCAGGCUCCUGGUGAAGCUGCAAGAAUUUAACUAUCAGCUCAGAGUCAAAGCCUCAUUCGAUAAGGAUGUUACUGAGAAGAACACAUUGAAGGGAUUCCGUAAGUUUAACAUCUUGGGUACAAACACCAAAGUGAUGAACAUGGAGGAGUCCAACGGUAGCCUGGCUGCAGAGUUUCGCCAUCUGCAACUCAAAGAGCAGAAAGCAGCUGGUAACAGAACGAAUGAGGGACCCCUGAUUGUGACUGAAGAGUUGCACUCCAUCAGCUUUGAGACCCAGCUAUGCCAGCCAGAACUCGUCAUCGACCUGGAGACCAGCUCUCUACCCCUGGUGGUCAUCUCCAAUGUCAGUCAGCUGCCCAGCGGAUGGGCAUCUAUCCUGUGGUACAACAUGCUGUGUAGUGAGCCAAAGAACCUGUCCUUCUUCCUGAGCCCUCCCCAGGCCUGCUGGAACCAGCUGUCUGAAGUGCUGAGCUGGCAGUUCUCCGCAGUCACCAAGCGGGGGCUCAACUCACAGCAGUUGAGCAUGCUGGGAGACAAGCUCCUCGGUCGUGAGACAGCAGGAAACCCAGAUGGCCUCGUCCCCUGGGCCAAGUUCUGUAAGAGUACCAGUGAAAAGAACUUCUCCUUCUGGCUGUGGAUUGAAGGCAUUCUGGAUCUUAUAAAGAGGCACCUGCUGUCACUGUGGAAUGACGGGUGCAUUAUGGGAUUUGUGAGUAAGGAGAAUGAGCGAGCCUUGCUGAAAGACAAGAGCCCAGGCACCUUCCUGCUGCGCUUCAGUGAGAGCAGCCGAGAGGGCGCCAUCACCUUCACCUGGGUGGAGCGCUCAGCCAACGAUGAACCCCAAAUCCAUGCAGUGGAGCCCUACACGAAGAGGGAGCUGACAGCUGUCUCCUUCCCCGACAUCAUCCGCAACUACAAGGUCAUGGCAGCUGAGAACAUUCCGGAAAAUCCGCUGCGCUUCCUCUACCCCGACAUCCCCAAGGACAGCGCCUUUGGGAAGUACUACAGCCGGCCCACAGAGACAUCGGAGCCCAUGGACGUUGAGGACCCCAGCGUGAACGGAUACAUCAAGACAGAGCUGAUCUCUGUGUCCGAAGUUCCUCCCUCCAGACUUCAAGAGUCCAUACUGCCCUUAUCCCCGGAGAUGUAUGGUGAAGUGUAUGGAGAGGUCUCACGGUUAAUUAGCCCAGCGGAAAUUGACACUGUGAUGUGCGAUCCGUUCCCAAACUAACCGGAAUACUCUGAACUGAACUUGCUUGGUUGAUGCAGUGGGCACCUCUUCACCUGCCACCAGAGGAAAGACAUUUAAAGAAAUGUGGUGUCCUCAUGCUUCAAACAGGAUUCUGAUCAUUAGUAUCCAGGUAUCCACUGUAUUACUGAUAUAUAAAAACUUCUGUGAACUAGCAUCCGCCUUUGUACAGAAAUGAAAGAAAACCAAUGUAAAGAAGGUUAAAACUGUAAAUGGUACAAGAGAAUUGUACGCCUUAUGUAUGCUUGAAAAGGUGUGCUACUAGUAGUCUGAGUUAGGGUGCAGCAAAUGUUAUUGCGGUACGGGUGUUUCUCUUUACACUGUUCAAGAAGGAACUUGGUUUCUAUUCCUGCGGCGUGCGUUGUGACACCACCAAACAGCGCCCCCUUCUGGACUUCUGCAGGUCUCCAUGGUCUAUAUUCUGCUUCAUCAUUAUUUUUGUAAAGCUCAACAAGAAAAAAAGAGAGACAUUCCAAGCCGUUAUAGUGUUACUUUAUUUAACAUUGUUCAUAAAUAUAAAUAUAUUUCCAUAUUAUGCACCAAUGCGCACUAGUAACCAUCUCAAUAAAAACCAAACCGAAACAAAAGAAAAAUCCCUAAAGAAACAGACAACAUCAGUGUAAUACAUUCAGCACUGCCCAAGCUCUGGCCAAGAGUGGUUUGUACCUACUCCCAACACAGAGUGCAGGAUAUAAACGCUUAGACAGUGCAUCUGUUUUAACCCAGGGGGAAGCUAUCCAACGCAGAUGUUACUAAAAAGCUAUACAACAGUAUGAGUUGCAAACUUUAAGGAACCGCAGAAGCUCUGUUUACAUUGAAAGGAACUUGCGUUUAUAGGCCGUCUCCUUUCUGUUUCAUUCUGAUGUCAUCUCCCCUUGCGACAAAGAUGCACACCACACACUUUCACGGACACACAAAGGCGCACACACACACACUAACACUCAGCGAGGAAGCUGGGGGCUGUUUUCAUAGAGAGACACCAAAUAUGUGCGUGUGUUUCAUAUUGUUUCUGUACAGUGACAAUCAAUGUGCUUUUCUGUAUUACAAAGUGCUCCUGCCAUCACUAGCGAUGGACAUGUCCACUAGCAGACCAUCGCUAAUGUCACCCAUUUACAGGCUUCGGCAUGUCUUUAAGUACACAGGGAAAAUAAAAGAAGUUUUUUUUUCCAAAUACAUGUAUACAUUGCAGUGCUGGGGGUUUGUGUAUGUGUUGCAGUGACCAGAGCUCAUUAGUAUAGGUUUGAUCUUUUCUCAUUCGAUCCCUGACUCUUUCACUCAUUUGAAAGCAGACCAGGUUACAUAGCUUUGGCUGAUCUGUAGCUUUGCAUGUUUCCCCACUUAAAUAAUAAAAGCAGCGGCCCAACUCUUUCUGAUUUGUGGGCAAGAAGUGUUAUACAAGCCUUUUCCAUUUUCGAAUAAACACUGUGGAGAAGAAUAAUAAACAAGCAGCCAAAAUAAACGAAGACAAAUCAAAAGUGUCACGUGCCCUACAUCUCAACACAAUUUAAAACCAAUUUUAAAAAAUAUGACACGAAAAGUAAUACAGGUCCUGUGUGGGGUGUAGAGAGAGAUUUUCUUUGUGGUUAACUAAAGCCGAUAUUGUUUGAUUUUUGCCUCAUUUGGAAACACUGGAUUGUUGAUUUGUUAAAGCACACUAUCAUGAAUGGCUACUGCACCACUGUAGUUAACACUAUUUACAUCCAACGCCUGUGGUCCUGUGGUGUCACUUUAAUUCAGGGGACUUUAACAGUACUUGAAUAUACAAUUUACACAUAUAUGCAUAUGUAUAUACUCAUUUUACACACGAUUACACAUUAAGGAAAAAAAAAGGAAUCCAGCACUUAAUGCUGUGCUUCUGUUCUACACACCGCCUGCAGUUUUAUGGAGAGGGAGGAAAAGGACAGUACUGCAAAAUGAGCAACAUCACAUGAAAGAGCCAAGCAUGACACGAGGGAAACCAAAGGUCAAAGGUCAUAAAACAGGAGGAGGAGAGGAAGUGUAAAACACAUUUUUUGUUUGUUUUUGUCUCAGAAAUACAGCACUAUUGUACAAAGUCAACAUCACCCAAAACAACAACAGGAACCGUGACACAGUCUUACGAUUGUUGGGGGG